AUGGAUAAAAGCGAUUCCACAAAAUCCCACGUUAAUUACCGACCUUUGUCAACUCAUCAAAAGUGUUAUGAUUUUUUACAAAGCAAUGAAAUAUUAGCAGCAAAUAAUAAUUUGUUAAGAAUAUCAGGACCAUUACAAUCAGCUCAAGAAGACUAUUCAUACUUAUCAAAACAUUUACCAUCGUCAUCGCUAACAACAAGAUCCAAUUUUCUAUCGUAUGAUGAUGGUACUAUUAAUUUAAACAUUUCACCAUUACAUAAAAUUCAAGCAAAUACACGUUGUAUACACACAGGUACAAAUUUAUCUUCAACACUCUCAUCACGUAUACGUUCCUAUUCAAAUACAUCUCGUUCGGAUCAUGAAAGUAGUAAUACAUCGUCAUCGGGAAUAUCAUCUGGACUUAGUUGUAAUUCAAAUAAAAGUGAUGAUUCAAAUUUAAGUGAAAUUGAUUUUUCAAUUGGUUUCGAAGAUAAAGAAGAAGAAACGCCCAAUUUAGAUGACAUAGAUGGAGAAGAUGGACAAAUUCUUCAAAAAAGUGCUGAUACGUUAACAAUAAUUGGAAAUGAAAAUAGUAUCGAUAAACGUAUAGCAGAUUUUGAAGAUUUGUUGAUUGCAUACGACAAUGAUGAUGAUGAUGAUGAUGAUAGUAGUAAUAGUGGAAAACAGACAUCAGGAUUUCUCAACUCGCUCAAUUCGUCCACGAAUACAUUGUAUGCUGAACAUUUUUCUCUAUUUACUGAAGGAGAAGAUCAAGAAGCAAAUGGUAUAUGUCGUUCAAAUUCAUUAAAAAUUGUACAACCGACUGAUAAAAAAUUUUCAGAAAAAGCACCAAGAAAAGUUGUACGAUUCGCUGAUGUAAUGGGUCUUGAUUUGGAAUCAAUACGUUAUAUGACGCCUCCCGAUAUGUCAGUAACAUCAUCCACUGUCGAUUAUAUUAAACUUAGAUUAGAACAAUUGAAUUUACAUCGAACGAAUAUAGGAUCAUCUAGCAUUAGUAGUCUUAAUUCUAUAAUAAGCGAUUGUAAAAAACCAAUUCUUUAUCUUGUAUCAAAAUCAUUUACGCCUCCGUCAAAUAUUGUUCAACAAGUUUAUGAGCGACAAGUAGUUUUAGAAUGUUUAUAUACAAAAGAUAUAUCCGCCUAUGGAACUGUUCGAGUUACUAAUUGUUCAUUUGACAAAAAAGUGUUCGUUCGUUACACAUGCGAUCGAUGGAAAACAUACGACGAUAGUCAAGCUAUGCAUAAUUUACAUAAUUCGAAUGAUAACACUGAUUCGUUUACAUUUGAAUUAACAAUUCCAGAAACAUUAUUAACAGAUGAUAUAUCAUCAGAACAAAAUAUGAGUAUUUUUUUCACAAUAUGUUACCAAGUAAUGGGACGAGAAUAUUGGGAUAAUAAUUUUGGUUGGAAUUAUAUUUUGGAUAUUUGCGAACGGUAAGAAGAGGAAUAAAAAAUGUUAUUAAUUAGAUAGGGUUAAUUAAGAUUCUUUCUCCCAUGUCUGACAGUUAACGUUUUCAUUUUAACUCGUGUAUAUUUGUUUUAAAAAUGUUAGGGAAUAACUCGAAUGUGUAUUGGAUUGUUAUUGAGUCGACUGAAGAGAAGCUGAGAAUGUUUAUUUUCAACUUUAUAUACGACUAAUAUUAACAAUUUUAUUUUAAUCUAGGCGAUGAAUGACUUUAACAUAAACAACAACUUUAUAGAAUGUAAACAAACAUAUUUUUGAUAUUUAUUUUGAUCAUUUCAUACAACAAACAAAACAAAAAUUAAACAAGAUUUAAAUGGAUUUGAAGAUAAAAUCCGACAAAAUAACAUCGUUUAGAUUAUUCUGCAUGGUGCGGUACCUUGCGUGUGCUAUUUGUCGCUCUUUCAAUAUAUAUUUCCUUAUAAUUUCCAAUUUUACUUUAGUGAAUAUAUUUUGUUGUAUCAGGUGUAAAUAUUUAUAUAAGCAACUAUGUAUGACAUGUUGCAUUUAAUUCGCACGCGCAUAUCUAUUUUCUUUUAAUUUAACUAUAUUUCUUUAAUAACAGCAAACUCGGUUUUUCUUUUGUCAUAGUAGUUAUUAUAAAACUUUGUUCUAUAAAAAUGGUUUUUGCUCUCUUAUCAAGUUUUAUCUGCUAAAUCAGAAGAAAAAAGAAAGUGUUUGUUUUUUAUUUAUUACUAGUAUUAUUAGAGAUAUCGAAAUCUUUUCUUUUCUUUUUUUGUAAAUACGAAGUAUGCAUUGUCGACAGAAACAGCGAAAAAAAGCAUGAACAAUCAAUAUUUUGUCAUUUUGCUCGUACUGUUUUCUCUUUUUAUAUUUAUUUUUCGCGCCUUCAUGUUUAUCAUAUGUAACAGAAAAAAAUGAUCUACUUCAAGUCCCCGUGACACUUUUCUCGAAAAUAAAAUACGGCUUUUUUAACGUCACAUAUGACUGAGACAUUUUAUAAAUCUUUCACCAUUUGAACGUGCAAGUCUGGUAUUUGGCAUGCCCAUCUCUGAUAAGAACAUAUUGUUGAACUUUUAGAUUAACGUUCUAAACUUUUUUCCUCUCUAUACGAUGUUAUCUUACGGAGAAAUCUCUCCGGUGAUAAAUCACUUCUUCCAUAAAACGCAGUUUUUCAAAGAUUAUUUUCAAUUUUAAUCACAAAUCUAGUGUCUGUUGCUGCUUGAAGUUCUGCAUUUCAUGAGCAGAAAUAGUUCUGUUUAAGUAGGUCUUAUCAAAAAUGCUUUACAGCGUAUAAGUCGAAGCGAUUUUCAAAAAGACAUAACGUGUAGUUACAAAUUUCAUCAUGUUAAUUAUCUCACUAGCAAAAACUAAGUUGAUAUAUGUUUCUGCUCUUAAAAUGCAGAAUUUCAAGCACCACAAAAUACGUACCGUUUAAUUUUUUAUUUUGGAGAUUUUUUUAGGUACAGAAAUUUGAUUUUUACGAAAAAUGUUUUCAAAAAGUCAAAAGUUACUAUGUUCCCCAUCGUAUUUAAUGUUUGAAAUUGAUAGUUGAUUUUUUACGCUCAAUUGAAUGAAAUUUUGUUCGAAAAGAACGGAAUGUGAAAAAGAAUAUGUGGAAUUUUAAUGCAAAUGUCGGUGUUAAUUAAAUCUGAGAGAUAAUUAGUUGAAAAAAUAUCUCAUAUUGUUCCCCUUUCCAGUGUAUGAUUUUUGUCUCAUUAAGCUGAUUAACACACUGUCAGCUGUACUCAAUGUUUUCAUUUUUCCAUUUUUUAUGCAUUGGCAUUAAAAGAGACACAAAUCGGACUCUCCGCAUUCUGGAUCUGAUUGAAAAUUAUCGAAAUUCCUAAGAUUUUUGCAUCAGCAUGUAGAAAAAUGUUUAAUUUAUCACUAUGUAUGAUAGCAAGUUUUUCCGACCAAAAAUGGUUGGGCACUAUAAAAAAUAUGACGAAAAUUUCAAAAGGUAUCUUGUUUUACCUCAAAGUCUGUGUUCAAAAUAUAAAAUAGGUCACUAUUUUAAGGUGCCUUGGAGACAAUGUUGAUUUGUCGAGAGAAGUGCUAAGAUCUAAACAAAAAGUUCGUCACCUUCCUUAUUUUUGAGUGGAAAAUCGGUUUCAAUAAAAACUAAUUUUUGUUGUUUUUAUUCUUACACGAAAAUCUGUCUUAAAAACUAAAUAUUUGUUGCUAACUCGCAAUAUUUAUAGUUAUCAAGAGAGUAUUAUUUAGUCUUCGUGAUUAAAUAGUACUGUAAGUUUGUUGAUUUUUCGAUAACGUGAUUUUUAUAUUCCAGUUGGACAAACAAAAUUAAAUGUUUAAGUUGUCUUAAAUUCUCAAUUUUUCUUCGUUAAGUUUUGGUUUUGCCACGUUCUAUAACAUCUCUAUAGAGAGGCUAGUUAGGCCGUGGGUAAUUUUUCGCCUUAGUCAUUUUUUCACCGUUAGAAAUUCCACCAAAAUUUUAUUAAAUUUCCGUCUCCGCCCAAAAGAUGAAAUUUAUUUCUGUUCUAAAUCAUUUUUGACUUAGAAAAAUAGCAUUUUUAUGAUUCCACAAAAUUAGAAAAACAUGCUAAUACGAGAAAAAGUUAAUUCAAGCUUGAAUCAUAAUUAUAUAAGAAAAUGUAUAUAUAUAUGAGCGAAACGUAACUUUCUAGUACAAUCACUUGUUUAGAUAUGUUUCUAUAAUAACUCAGGUUACCAGAGACUCGCUUGAGCAAAUUUUUUCCUGUACUUUGCCCACUUCCACAAAAAUUUUCUACUCGAUACGUCCUUUCGUUGCAAAAUUAUGGGACUCGAAAAUUGAAAAAACUUCAUUUUCUGAUGACUCAUUAUCUGAAAACUGAAUUUUUGAUUAUAUAAAAAGAUAUAAAAAGAAAUGGAAAGCAGCGCAUCCUGUAGAGAAUUGAAUUGUGAAUCUAACUAUAUGAUUAGUGUUCAACUUUGUUUACUUUUUUUUGUUGUUCUUUAGAUAUAAUGAGAGGCUGGCAAAUAGUAAGGUGUUCGAUAAAAGUCACGUACGGUCAACUUAUUGCUCAUGCUGCUUUCUGUGUCUCACUACUGAUCAGGAAUUCUGCUUCUGUCGCUCAGGUAAGGUUUGGUUGAGUCGUCUUCUCUAUAGGUCGUCAUCUCUGGAUCGGGUAAGGUUGGGUCGCCAUGUGUGUCUAGUAGUGUCUGACUACUGCUUAACAGGUCUAUAUCUCUGGGUCGGGUCAGGUUGGGUUAUCUAGUGAUAUAUGUUGCCUACAGACAUGAUAACCCAACCUGACCCAACCCACACAUAUACAGUUGUUGAUCACUAGUAAGACAGUGCAAGACACACAUGACAACUCAACCCAACCCGACCCAGAGAUUUAGUGAUAUAUGUUGAGUACAGACAUGAUAACCCCACCUGACCCGAUCCAGAGAUGCAGAAUUGUUAAUCACUAGCCAAACACAGCUAGAUAGACAUGACGACUCAAUCUAACCCGCACGCUAUAAGGGAUGAGACGUUCUAGGAAUUGAUAAGUGCCUUGCUGUUGUCAAAAUUCUUAAGGAGUCACUAUUUGCCU